UAUAUUUUCGACAUGUCCACCACUCCGUCUCGCCACAAGAUGUCCCGGUCAUAACAACAAUGGGAAGAACGAGUCAAUAUUGUGUGGGUGGCAUGGGAUCUAGAUGGGAUGGAGUGAAUGUAUGGACUGGAAUGGGAGGGGUUGUUUCUCAACUCCUCGACUCGGCCUUCAAGGUCUACCACUUUUUCUUUAUGUCUUUCUCUCUUUCCUUGCCCUUUUAUUCUUUUCUUUCUGCAGCAGCUCGGAGACGGAAAUCCGAUUCUCCGGAAACGUAGACGGUUCCCUCGAGACGGGCGGAUUACCUUGCCCUUGUUCCAAGGCGCAAACUCUUUUUUCUCUGUUGUUGUUCUGUUCAGAGGAUGAGCUCAGGUGGCAGGGUUGUUGUUAUUGUUGUUGUUGUCGUUGUUGUUUCACUGUGGACAGGACAAGAGAGGACACGGAUACACACAUAGCACAUACAGACACACUGGGACGCUGACUGAAGUCUUGUGCGCACUAGCACGACUUUUCUUUUCUUUUCUUUCCUUUUCUUUUUACCCUCUCCUUUUUCUUUCUUCUCAGGUAUACCGGGAUUUUCUU